GGCAUUUUUUGUAACGCCACAAAAGAAUUUCGCUUUUAAAAAUGGUGCAUAAAAUCCCUUCUUCUUUCCCCCCUUCUUUUUCCCAAAAUUUCAAAUGAAAUCCCACCUGAAAUCUUUCUUCUUUUUUCCCCAUUUUAUUUUUCCCAAACCAUUUCUCCUUUAUUUUUUGCCCCCAAUUUCCCCAAAUCGACAGCCCUCUGCAUCUCCGUUGGUCCUGCCCAUUUUUGCAGCCUCGACUUAGGUGAACAAAACGACUACCUCAAAGGCGUCGUCACCGAUGUUAUCCAUGACCCAGGCCGCGGUGCGCCCUUAGCUCGCGUCAUGUUCCGUCACCCAUUCCGUUACAAGAAGCAGAAUGAAGGAUCUGUUCGUCGCCGCUGAGGGUAUGUACACCGGACAGUUCGUGUACUGUGGUAAGAAGGCCACCCUUAUGGUCGGAAACGUGUUGCCUCUUAGAUCUAUCCCCGAAGGAGCUGUCGUUUGCAACGUCGAACACCACGUUGGUGAUCGUGGGGUUUUCGCUCGAGCUUCUGGUGAUUAUGCCAUUGUUAUUAGUCACAACCCUGAUAACGACACUAUCAGCUGAAUUGUUUGUUAAUGGGGAGAUUGUUCAACGAUCACCAGAAAGACAAAGGAGGGUGGAACUACAACCGCAAAGGGCCCAAGACAGACCAAGGUUUACACUCAACAUGCUUAUAUGAGACCUUUUGGAGUUGGUAUGCCUAUGAUUUCUUUAAAAUCUUAUGAAUAUGAUUUUGUUUUAAUUACUUGUAUUUGCAACAGUAGAUUUUUUACAAUUUUUCAAUUAGAUAUAUGCUAAUGUAUUUCUAAGUGACUUUCUCUAAUAUGUAAUGACAAAAAUGGAAGCAAUAUCGUUCUACUAGUAGUAGUAGUAGUAGUAGUUAUUGAUGUAAAAUGGAGAAAUAUGAGGUGGUCAAAGAUUUGAGAGCCGGCAAUUUUGGGGUUGCUCGACUUCUCAGACACAAGGGUACCAAGGAGCUUGUUGCUAUGAAAUAUAUUGAGAGAGGUCACAAGAUAGAUGAGAAUGUGGCAAGAGAGAUUAUCAAUCACAGAUCUCUUAGACACCCUAAUAUAAUCCGGUUCAAGGAGGUGGUUUUGAUGCCUACCAAUUUAGUAAUUGUGAUAGAGUAUGCUGUGGGUGGUGAGCUCUUUGAUCGAAUUUGCAGUGCUGGUAGAUUCAGUGAAGAUGAGGCUAGAUAUUUUUUUCAGCAGUUGAUCUCUAGUGUUAAUUACUGUCACUCCAUGGUGUUAAGAUGAAGGCAGCUGAGGAAGCCUUGGAAGCAAAACAAAAAGUAACAAAUAGCUUGUCUGCUACCUGUUCUUUUUUUUAUUAUCAUGUUUUAUAAUUUUGUGACAAAUUGUUCUUGGUACUCUGAAGAUAUUUAUGCAAAAUUACCCUAUGAUUCUAUUGUAUUUAUACUGCAUGGCUGCACCAUGUAUUUCUUAA